AUAUGGACAUAUGCAGCAGCAGGAGGUUCCUGGAUCAUGGUCAGAAGGGAGGAGGAGGAGGAGGAGGAGCAGGAGAUGAAGCUGAGGUAUUUGAAGAGCAAAGGCUCUGAUGGGCUGGAGCUGUUUGUGGCAGCAGAUCAGGUCUGAAGAGAAAGUCUGAAGACUUCGGAUUCUUGUAUCAGGGUGUGAACACUAUGGCACUUUGGCACUCUCUGUAGAUGGCAUCCUCCAGCCAAGGACCUAAAGAACCUUUUCCUAUACAGCUGAAAUGACAUCUUUGCUGUAAAGUAAGAAUAGUAAGAGCAGAGUCCUAGUUGGAAACCAUGUCCAGUUGGUGUCUGCCUCCUGCAGUGGCCUCCGCCUACUUUAUUGCUGCCCUGAUGCUUCUAUGUCCUUGGAGGCCGUUGGGGGUCUGCGGCCAGAACGAGACAGAGCCCAUCAUUUUGGAGGGAAAGUGUCUGGUUGUGUGUGACUCCACCCCAUCCGCAGAGCCAUCAGGUAACGCUCUGGGCAUGUCAGUGAGGUCUGGAACGGGUCGGGUGGCAUUUUCAGCCAUCCGCAGCACCAACCAUGAGCCGUCAGAGAUGAGCAACCGAACCAUGACCAUCUACUUCGACCAGAUCUUGGUAAAUGUUGGCGCCCAUUUCGACCCAGCGAGGAGCAUCUUUGUAGCGCCCAGGAAAGGCGUGUACAGCUUCAGUUUUCAUGUUGUCAAAGUGUACAACCGGCAGACCAUUCAGGUCAGUUUGGUUCUCAACGGGUGGCCGGUGAUCUCGGCCUUUGCUGGGGACCAGGACGUCACCAGGGAAGCGGCCACCAAUGCUGGGCUGGUGAUGAUGGAGCGAGGGGACAAGGCUUCGCUGAAGCUGGAGAGAGGGAAUCUGAUGGGGGGGUGGAAAUACUCCACCUUCUCUGGGUUCCUGGUGUUUCCAUUGUAGUCCCUGUUCGGCUGGCCUUGAGAAAGACUGUUGAGGGGGAUUGUGGGUAUUUUGUCAGGCAGCAAUACAGGAUAAAGUAGUGUUGGAUUACCUCAACUACGUUAACCUGCCAAAUGUCCCCUGUGAUAGUUGUUGUUCAACCAACAAGGGCCACAUUACAAAUAAAUCAAUACCUUGCAACUCCUACCCAACUGAGAAGACAGCCUACAUGUGUGUUCCUGGCGUGGCAUCAUGUGAUCUCCAGGGUGCAUGUGCUGGAGUGUGCAUGACCGUUGUUGUGAGUUUAAAGAGAAUAAACUGUUGACAUUGAAGUGUCGUGUCUGACA